UGGCCACGGUAAUGACAGACUGCUUCACUUCAUCCCAGACACGGUGGUCUGCGGUGAGCCAUGGUUGGAGGGCGGUGACCCCCGUGCGGUGGGUUCCAUCCCCCCAUGCCUCAGCCUGCGGAGAUGGGGCAGUGGGCCUGUGCCUGGGGGGUCAGCGGAGGAGGAAGAGGCGGGGGUGUUUGCCAAGACCCUGUCACUGCAUCAGGGGUGGACGUUUGGACCCUUCGUGGGAGAGUUGACCCGCGGCCCUCUGAGUUGCCUCAAAUACGCCUGGGCUAUCAAAGAAAAUGAUUCCUACUACUUCGUAGAUGCCUCGGAUGAAAACAAAUCAAACUGGAUGAGGUAUGUAGCGUGUGCUGCCUGCGAGGAAGAACACAACCUGACGGUGUUCCAGUACCGCGGUCAGAUCUUCUACAGGGUCUCCCAGCCCAUCCCUGAGGGGACAGAACUCAAGGUCUGGAUUGGCCAGGAGUACGCUGCCAUGCUGGGUCUAGGGAUAGGUGAGAACAUCAAGUGUGAAUUCGGGGACAAGGAAAUCCUACUGCGAAUCUUCCGUGACAUCCAGGUCGUGCCAGUGGGCGGAACUAGCAGUCUCCCAGACAUCAAUGGCUCUUACAGCUGGUCAGACAACAGCCAAUCAGGGAGCCCCCUGCCAGUCAUCAGUGAUGUCAGUAGCGGGUUACAGACUGAUACCACUGACCCCACCCCUGUCCUCAACCCACCUCAAAACACCAAUCAGACGGGACUGGCAACAACCGUGAAGUACGACUUUGUAAAGGGUGCUGAGAUACUGUUGAGCCCCUCUCAGCCCAACAGCCCCGUAUGGGAGUUCUUUGGGUUUGAGCCGGACCCCAACGGCCAGCCGCUGGACAAGGACAAAGUCAUGUGCAAGCUGUGUGGUCAACACGUGGACUACAGUGCUACUGUCACCCACCUGGAGAACCACCUGGUCCAGAUGCACCAUAUGAAGCGCCGGGACGUCAUCAAGGAUGGCAACAAGCCCUGGGUUUCGUCCUCACGCUUCAGGCCUUACCACAGUACGGGUGGCAGAGCACCUCGUUCUAGCAGCCCCUCAACCCACAGAACCACCAACAACUACAGUAAUGAGGACUGGACUUGGAGUGGGAACGGCAGUUCAGCAGUGACCGAUACUGUAACAGCGGGUUUGACCGCUACACCGGGACAGAGAACGCUCUCUAACUUCCUGACCAAUCAAACCACCACAGCCAUCACUAACUUCCUCAUCAAAGACUUGUUGCCCCCAGAUACAGUGGAGGGGGAGGGCUUCAAGCAGCUGAUCCAGAACCUGCUGCCAUCCUGCCAGGAGAUUCCUUCAGCUUCUCUACUGGAGGAGGUGCUGAGGGAUGUCCACACCAAGGGAAGAAAGAACUGGGCCAAGCUGCUGACCAACAGCACUGGGUUUAAUGAGGAUGACACUUCCAAGCCAAAUAUUCCAGUUCAAUUCAAACCCAGCUCCUCAACAAGAAAAGCUGCCCGUUUCUGCUCACAGACCCAGAACCAAGUAUCUCACCACGUAGCUGUUAGUGCUGACGUGUGGUGUCAUGACUGGCAGGGAGACCAGGAGAGAUACGCCACUGUUUGGGCCCAUUUCAUCAACGCUGACUUCACUUCCCAUAACCUGGCUUUGGCCACGCAGCGUCUGGGUGAGACAGGAACUGGGGAUAUGGAUCUGAGCAUGGUCGAGGCUACAGUGAGGUCCAUGGCUCAGGAGUGGGACAUCUCUCAGCCCAUUUUCAUCCUGCUUGGGGGCGACGAGAUGGAAAAGACGAAGGUAGGUCCGAAGAAGAGAGAGAGAACUGUAGAAGGGGUUGGCGGAGGUGCCCGUCCCCACCACCCGAACUCCACCACAUUCCUGGAGAUGGAGGACUCCAUAUCCUCUGAUGAUCUCUCAGGUCUGGAACGAGCGAUCGAACGAGCCAACUCCACCAGCGAGGAGUCCCACUCUCCACCCAUACCUUGUUUCUUCACAGCUGUUCAGAGCUGCAUAGAGGAAGUCAUGGGUCAUUCCAUCAUCUCAAAGACCCUCAGUGUAUUCCAACACCUUCUCUACAGCCUCUUCUCCCUCCAUGAUAAAGACAUGGUAACUCUUCACCCAGCCAGGAAACUGAUCUCAGUCCUACAGAAGCAGGAGACGGCUGAGCUGAAGGCUUGGGCCUAUGGGAAACCAGGCUGGAAUGGGCUUUACAGUGUGGUUAAGACGCUCCUCCGCUAUCAAAACAUGAUCUCUGAGACACUAAAACAAAUAGACAGUGAGAUCCAAACUGGACAAGACACAGGAAGUCCCACUGACUUGGAUUCAGGGGCGACUGCCGCUUUGAAAACCGCUGACAAACAUGGCACAAACUCCACUUCCGCUGCCUGUGCUAACUCUGACACCACCGACAGCUCCAACUCAUCGGUACCCGUCCCUCCCAAGCGAUCUGACUGGAAGGUGUUGGAGGAUCUCUCCUCCAUGCUGAAACCCCUUGACGUGGCGUGCCGUACCCUGGCCAAGGAACCGUUCCCCAGGCUCUCGCUGGUCAAGCCCAUCCUCACCGGCCUGCUCGACCGACAUUUCGCCCCCCACCCCCGCCAUCGCAACGACUCCACCAUCUUGAAGGAACUCAAAAAGAAGAUAAGGUGGGGCCUUUCCUGCCGGUACAACGACCCCCAGAUCAACCAGGUGUUGUGUGUAGCGUGCGCCCUCGACCCCCAGUUUCACGGCCUGGGCUUCAUGGACGUCAGGGAGCAGGCGACCACCUUCGCCUGGCUGAAGAAAGAAGCGGUCCGGAUCGUAGAGGAGGACCGGAGGAGGGCCGAUGCAGCAUCUCCAGGGGGCAAGAAGAGGAAGAAGAGGGGAUCCUCCUCAACCACCUCAUCCUCAGGAGAUAUGGAGGGAGACGUCCUGAGAAGAAGCAAAAGGCUGAAGGAGAUCACCCCGGUCAGUUUCAAAGAGAGAACCGAGAGUGAUUCAGACGAGGAAGCCACCGGUAGCUCUGUGAACGACGACAGUGAGACUGAUAACAUGGAGCUGAAACUGGAGCCCGCCUCCCAGCAGACCGGCAUGGAGUUCCUUCUAGGGGACCUAUUCGGCUCCCAGUCCCAGAACAAGCAGCCCUCAGUGGAAGAGACAGUGGACAUUGAGCUGUCUGUCUUCAGAGCAGAGAAGGGGGCCACCCUGGGCGUGGAGCCUUUACAGUGGUGGAAGGCUAGAUCAGGACAGCUCCCCCUGCUGGCCAAAGUGGCACGCGCCUACCUGGCUGCCCCGGCUGUCGCAGGCAGUGCCGUCCAGAUGUUCCUGCAGGAUGGAGGAGGGGUGAUACAGAGGAAGAGAACCAAUAUUCCUCCAGAGGGCCUUGACCAGAUGCUGUUUCUGCACCAUAACGGUCUGACCACGACCACACAGGGUUACACAACGGUCUGAAAGGAUGAACACAACUUGCUGACUGUCACUCAAUACAUUUAACUAUGGGGCUUCUCUCUCUCUCCAAGUUGAUGAGAUGGACUUUGUGAAGACUAUCACUCAAUCUCUGAAACUCGAAAGACUUUCCUUUCUUGGUUAAAUUGUUGGACUGUUAAACAUGUUACUGUUGUGUGUUUUCAGUAUGUAGAUCGAAACUAAAUUCAGAGAGAAGUCCCUUUUCGGUUAGUGCCUUAUCAUUCUUUGAACUGUUUGCAUAACUACUGUACACAUGUAUUGUUUAAGUAAAAAAAUAUGUUUUACUGUUUAAGCUAGUUUACCGUCCGAAGUCUGAUGGGACUCCUACUUCUGAAACUAUUCAUUUCAGUUUUAGGAAAACUCUACUCAUUUUUUACAUUUCAGAAUUUUAUAGAUGCGUAAUUGGUUAACCAACAAGGUUGAAUUUUCAUAGUGUCUGUAGGAUUCAUUUACUUCUCUGAGAAUAACACUAUAUGAAAUAUAUUGCAGCUGAAACAAACAAAUGAAGAUUUAUUGGUUCUGUGGAGGAAAUCAGACUUAACAUACACAGUGGAUUAUGUCAAAGCUGUACACCUAACAAGAAAUUGAACAUGUGUAACUUUUAUAGUCUUAACUGUUUAAUCAAAUGUUCCAAGUCUUAAAUGUUAGAAUAGUAAACUAACACAUUUGUAAUCCUAAACGUGUCCACAUAAUCAGUUCUUCAUCCUGUAGAAGGUUGUGUUUGCAUGUUAGAAUGACUGUUCUUUAUGAAAGGAACUUGAAGUAUAUCUGAUCAGUUUGUAUGGUCAUACAAAUAGCAUUUAUCACUGUGUACAUUCUUACUGUCAAUGGCUUUUGGCAGUAAACUUUGUUUUAGAGA